AUGUUUACCUUUUCUUGCCAGUGCCAAAGUUGCCGCGGCAACCUCGUCGCGACGGAGAAGGAGUUCUACUUCACCUCCUCUGUUUUUCGUAUUGACCUAGACUGGAGCAAUGUGAAGCGAAUCCGCCUCGAGACGCAGCAGGUGAAGGGGGUGCCGACGAGCGUGCUCGUGGUAGUGUUGCAGCGCAGCGAGGCUAUUGUGAUGCUGUCGCCCACCCCUUCCGCACAGAAGAAGCGCUUCCUUUCCUCUCGCAAGUACUUCUUUUAUGAUUUUCACGAUCUUCUCGGGGCGGAGGAGCAGAUCAAGCACUUCAUGGAGCAGUACAGAGCCUCGGAACGGUCCAAGAAGGAUGAGGCACGGGAUGACUUAGAGAAGGGAUCCUCGGCCACAACAAAGCCGCAGACAGACAAGGCUGAUGAGAAGGGCGAAGUGAGUUCCUCAUCCUCGGACGCACCAAAGGACGAAAGCCUGAACAACUCCCGCACAACACCCAGCCGCAAUCCAGAGCUCGACACGCGACGUACGACGGUCGGACUGUCCUUUGCAAGGCGCGCGACGCCAUCGACCUCGUCGCGCAGCAAGCUUGCCGGCAAGUUGGUUACCAUCCCUCUCAGAAGCCCCCCAAGGGCCACGUCCGGCAAGUACGCGCGGCUCUUUCUCAAGGUCUACCAGUAUGUUGCUGCUGUGCUGGUCGUUGUCAUGCUUGCUCUGCUCACUCGACACUAUGUCCGAUUUGGUGGCCUGCACGUCCAGAAAUCCUCGCAUACCGCGGAGAAGCUGCUGCGCGACAUCCACGCGCUGUCGGACGUCAAUAUCAAACUGGAGUCCUACAACAGUCAGGAGAGUCUGCGGCAGUACAACAAGAGACGGAAGGACCUGUCGAAAGAGAGUCGUUCCUACAUGCAUCAGCUCGAGCAGGCGGCGGUCGAACUGAUGGAGCGCUAUGUCGCGCUCCAGACCAAGAUGGCCACCUUACGUGGUCAUCGUGCACAGCGCAUCGCACGUGAACAGCAGAGCGGCACUCAGUCCCCACCGCUACCGUCUAUCAUGUCGUCCGCGUUCGGUACACCAAAGACGACAACCGACCGGGCGCAGCUCUUUUCACAGCGCAGAGGGGCGUACAAGUCGCGCGCAGGCAACCACGGUGCCGCCAGAACUGGCGUAGGCCAAUGUGGCAACGGCGAAGCCUGUAAAAAGGCCAGGCGGCGGAGGGCUGCACCACACAAGAUGUCUCUGUCUCGAUUCAGGUCGGGUGUGCAGCGCUGGGUUCACCGGAUGCAGUCUGGGUGGAAUGAUGUAACCAGCUUCAGAUCGGCGCCGGCAAUGGAACUGUUUACGGCCCCCACGCCCUCGACUGACGGGCACCACGACUCCAUGGGGGGAGCGGCGUGGAUGAUCUACACGGAGGAGAUGGGCGAGGACUUCCAACUCACAGAGUGGGUGUCGGCCGCCGAGUACGAAGACCGCCACAGCUGCCGGCAGGUGACUCAAGAGCUGCUCGAGACAGUGGAGGUGACAGAGCAUGUGUUUGCCACCUUCAGCAGCAUGUUCCUCAUGGACCGCUACCGUAAGCUGGAGUCGAGAGAAGAGCGUGCCUCGCACUGGAUGCAGCCUCCCCAGGCACUCCACAGUGUCCCAGGUAGCAGCAAGUACUACGCGGCCAAGGCGUUCUCGAGUGAGGAGGCGGCGCACGUAGCGAUGCUGCGCCGCUUCGUGGGCAGUCUUCUGCACAACGAACCGUUGGAGGCGAACCAUGCCCGUCGUCGCAGUACGGCCUUGCGGGUGGCCAACGCAAUGCUCCACUACCGUCAGCGUGAGGUGCAACUUCUGCGCGCGCGCAAUCAGGGCAGCCCGAACAACGCGACGGAGCUGUGGCGACUGCUGGAGGAGGAGGUGCUGCGGCCCACGACGACUUCUCUGCGCGGCAACCCCGACAUCGACGAGUCCGCAAUGUACCUCCGAAACUCGAUAGCGGAGCUGAGCUUUUGGUACAGACACGAAGUUGCUUGGCAUGAACACGUGCUCUCGUUCUUCACGCCUGAGGAACAGGCGGAGAUUCGAAGCAGUCUGGGCACCGUCGACAGGGACCACAGACGCCUCGGAGGCCGAAGAGCCCACCCAAUAGAGCUUCACUGGAUGAACCUGCCGCUGUUCCGUGGUCUCCUCUGCUUCGAAGGGGUACCGUAUCUGCAAGGUGACGCCAGCGGGGUCGACGACGACGCUGCCGCCGAGGGAGCCACUGUAGACGCAUUGCAAGAGGAGGAAAAAGGCGAGACCGAGGAGGGCGCUAGUGACAUCGGCGAAAGUAGAGCGGAGAAGUUGCAUUUGGAUGCCGUCACCAAGCGCACCACCGCGCCGUCUUCCCCGUCGGUGAUUUUAGCUCACUGGCUGCCAAGGCCACCAGAACGCAACAAAACAUCCUUCACAAACAAAAAGGCUCCGUUGAACCAUACUCCCAAUGCAACACCGACACCCUCACAGACCCCAGAAACUUCACUGAAUGCCGCGGCUUCGCUCCCCGAGCAGAGGUCGAAGGACACAGACCUUUGGAAGGAACUGAAACUUCGCUGGAUGGCUGACCUGGAUGUCUUUCGGCUCACAUUUAACGCUCAGUUGGCGGGCCACAACGCCCAUGGCGCGAGCUCAUACUGCACGGAUGAAGAGGAGCACGGUGUCGUUGCUGGAGUAGCCGAAACCCGUUGCCGACUUUUUGAGCUCCUCUCCUUAGUCAACGAAAUUUACGUACUAUACUUGAUCCCUACAGUGGCGCAACGCUUUGGUGCGUUCCUACGGGCGCUCUUCCCGCCGUACUUUAACUCUCCCAGCGGCAAUGUGUACAUUUCUGCCCUGCGGAGCUGGGGCAAACAAGACCCUGCUGUGCAGCUUGCCAUCGCUCAAGUCACAGGCUUUGCUCCCGGCACCACGAGCGAUAUCUCGCGCUCUCUCCUCUACCUUGUCUUGCAGCCUCCUCCGCUUCUGCAGACAAGCGUCACCUCCACCCGCCAGACGACAGCCGCGGUGAUCGUACUGCUCCUGUUUCUGGGCGUACUGACUGCUCUCUACGUGAUGCAUUAG